CAAAACCAACAAAAUGAUCGAAGAGCUGCUCCCAGAGAUAGGCACUUCUACUGCAAGAGGUGCGGGAGAGAUCAUCCCGGUGUUAACUGCGAUGGAAGCCUGACAAAAUGUUUCAAUUGUGGGAAGCUAGGGCACCGAACCUUCGAGUGUCUCUCAAAGACCAAUGGGGCACCAGUGAACCAGGUGCAAUACCGUGAUGGAGGAAGACCAGAUAUGAACCAAGCUGGGCCAAAUGGAGGACAAAAUAACAACAACAAUGCCGCCACCAACAACAACAACCGCAACCCUCGAGGAGGAGGGGAGAAUAAUCGUGGCAAUGGCAAUGGCGGGAACAAUGGCAAUGGCGGAAACAACGGAAACCGUCCGAACCAAGGGCGAAUCAUGGUGAUGAAUCAGGCCCAAGCCAAUGCUAAUGAUGUGGUUUCAGAAGGAGAAUUCAAGUGAAGAUCAAGCUAGAGAUUUUAUUAAGGAGAUUAUCGCAAUUUAAGAUGAUUAUGAUUAUGAAGAUUGAUGUACUUGCUGCCCGAGUGUUCCGCUAGUUGCACACGUUUGAUUAAUUAUUGUUGUUUAAAUUUGUAAUCCAUAAACUUUGUUUAAGUUUUAUCUGAUGACUACUUGAAUUAAUGGUGGAUAGCCUGUGCACUCAAUCAUGUAUAGGUUGAGUGUGGCGGUGACACACCUGUUUUUCCAUCAAAGACUUCCGCUG